UUUCACUAAAAAUUAAUAACAGUUUUCACAAUAUUAGAGGGUGCGACUUACUGGGGUAAUUCAACUUGCUUAGGAGGGUCUCAUGCAUAUACACAUGCAGAGAGGGCUGCAUCGAUUCGAAGAAAUUUUGAAAUUAGAUACAAAGUAAAAAUCAGGUAUUUCAUGGCACGACUUUCAUGCGGCAUUCAGGGAAGAGAUAAUACAAACAACUAAAACCAAUAGAUCAGAAGCUUUAUCUGCCCUUCACAGUGAAUUUGAAUUCAUUUUAUAAAUUUGGCACAUAGAAGUUUCUGAAAGUAGAGACGUUAAAGUCACAAUUCUAAAAAUUGUUUCACUUUGAUCGCUAAACAUUUUUGCCCUUUAGUAGAUAUCAUUGCAACCCUUUUUGGCAAAAAAUAAGGCAAAAAAGUGAAAAAUCUUUUACAAUUGAUAAAAGAAUAAUUCGGAGUAACCACCAGACUUAUACCAUAAAUGUAACGAGAUACAAAAUAAAAUAUUCACGACAUCGUAAAACAACUGAAAAAACUGACCUCCUUGUAACAACCUUACACUCAUAGGACAGACCUAAAAUGAAAACAAAGACUCACAUAGACCAAAGCUAGUCGAAAGCAACAACGAUGAAAACCCCUGCAGAUAAGAAACUUUUUUUGCAAGAGUCAGGCUGUUCUUGGGUCUUGUUUUAAAAUUGUACAGGAGUUACAGAGUUGAAGGUUCUUGUAUAAGGUUCGUAUUCAAAAAUUUGAUGUUGAAGAUGAAUGUUCAAGACAUGAGUUUUCGUCAUUUAACCAAAUAUUCAGCUAAUAUUUUCUUUUAAUCUAACGUGGUGAAUCAGAUGCCUAACAAACUAUUUUUCAGUUAUCAAACAAUCUUUUGAUGGUACAAAACAUCUGAAGAGUGUCAGACGAAAAGCUUUCGUGUGACUCAAAAAGUUUACUUUUUUCCAAACCAUUUUUCAGCCAUCGCUAAUUGAGAAGUGUUACAAGCAUGUUCAAAAAUUUGGAAAACUUCUCAGAGCUCAAUGCUAACUUUAGACCUUGGCUCAGAUCUAUGUUCCUUAUUAAAAUAACGGGUAACAUUUGAAAAUAGCACGGAAAAAGGAAACAUGUAAUAUGGAAGUACUUUUCAGCAGACACUCUUCCGAGUGCAAACGGCGGAAAAUGGGCAAAAAUUAGACCGGGACCUGAUAUCUAGAUACGAAAGGAAAGUAAGGUGUGAGGAAAAUGACGCAUUGAAAAAAACAAAAGUGCAUUUAAAAAGUCUGCAUUUACAAAGAGUUAGGCGAGAAAAAGUAUGAAAAAACAUAAUCCAUCACCAGUAAUUAGGUUAUGAAAAGUGUGUUGCAGUAACAAUGUUCUGUCCAAUAUCAUAGUUCUGUUAGAUUAAAUGAAAACUUAACUUGGUAUGUUUUAUAACGGUUGAACAACAUGCAGUCAUACCUGAACAAUAAAUCUAUCAUUUCCAAUGUUUCCAGUAUAAACUGUUGGGUACUGUGUGCUAAAGCCAGAAUUGUCUAUCUCCAUUAUUUCAUCAUCUGUUUUCAAAACCUGUAAAAUUUGAGACAAAAUAUUAAUUGCUUGAAAAUGGGCUUCGGCGUCAUGGACCGGAAUAGGACGAAUGGAAAUAUUGUCAAUAUACCUAGCAAAUAUAGCAGGAUAUCCAGGUAGGCACAAAUAAAAAACUUUUGCGAACUUUGCCCGUGCAAAUCUAUUCUAAAAGACAUGACAUCGUAUUGCAUGAGCCAAACUGGAAUACCCUUGAAUACUCUGGAAUACUCUAGCAUUGAUUUGCCAAAUCGCAAAAGAUAAAGCAAGAGUGGCGAUAGAGCAAGACAGUGGUCAACAUUGUGGGAAUGCUGACAUAGCAAAGAAUUUGAUUCCCACGUAAGAAAUUUAGUUCAAUCGCAUUUGCAAACCUACAAUUAACAAAAAAAUUGCUAGUGUGUCAGGGAUUUGAAAUUUGGUGAAAAUUCCUUGAUUAUCUCAUGGCCCGAAAGCCAUUAGAGGUUUGGGAAAUGGUCCAGCCUGUGUCCCUCUCACCACAUUGUUUGAUAAUUGCUCUUCUUUGUAUAAAAAUUAUGAUUUCAUAUGCGAAGACUAUGAUAUCACACAAAUAUUGUCAGAGUCAGUACCUUUGGAGAAAACCAUUUCAAUUGAAUCUUUAAGCUUCAUUAAAAUACACGCAAAGUUUUAAAACGACUGCAUAGGGCAGGUGUGCCAAAAAACAAGGUUAAACUUUAUAUACAUCAGGGAUCGCGCAAGCAUUGGGGUAGCAGGGUCUAUAGUCCCUAUACUUUUUUGCAAUAAUAGGUUAGAUACUUUCUUGGAAAGUUUAGUCUUACUACGCUCUAGCGCAACAUUGGAUAGUAUACAACCAAGUAGUAGCAGCUCUUCUUUCCGCGGUCCCUGAUAUACAUUUUCGCAAAAUUUUGGGCCUGUUCAGUUCGAAGGAAUUCAAAGAGGCUUAUUUGAAAUUUGCUCGGCAAUUUAUUCAGGAAUCAUUCUUGGCAGCGAUUCUGAAAUAACCUCCUAUCAUGCCGUGUAACCUAAUUGCGAACGGUGAAAAAAAUAAAUAUUUUCUAAAAGGAGUUAAAAUUUUUGAUAAUCGAAAAUAGUUCAAAAUGCCAAAUAAAUAAAACAGUUGGCCAAAAUGACAAUGUUUUGGUUGUACAAAAAUUAAAAUUGGCUUUGGAAAAAGCAAACAUUUGAGGAUGCAGAAUCUUUUUGUCUGACACUCUUCAGAGUAUAGAACUUCAGAACAUAGAUCGAAAACUCUACACUAGAAAAUAUAUAUACCCAGUUGUGGAUCGAACUAGGCCAAUCAGAAAAGCGAGCACAUGACUGUUGAUGUUGCCCAAUCAGUGUCGCUUGCUUAUUUAUUUGUCUGGAGAGUAUCAGACGAAAAGCUUCAAUAUACUCAAAUGUUUGCUUUUAUCUAAACUAACAAUGCUUCUUCUGGAGGUUUUUAAAUUAACAAAGUUUCUUUACAUGUAAGAAUGCCAAGAUUUUGUGUCAUUUAACACUUAUUAAUCCCUUCUUUCCAGUAUCUAAUGUAGUUAAUUUUACCAAAAAGCAGGUCUCAUCAUAAAAAUCUAGUUAAUAGGGUUUUUCCUUAUUAAAGCAAUCUGAAAGAACGUUACGAAAAUUGAUUUCUGAAGUUAAAAUAAACUAACUUUAAUGAUAGGACUCUUAAAAUUUUUUAUAUACAAGGACUAAGCACACAAUCUAUCAAAAAAUUAAAGAGAAAAAACCCAUAUCAUUACAACCAGCACCAUUAAAUGAGAAUACGACAUAUCAAGGUUUCGCAAAAACUCGCAACGAUGCAAAGUGUUCUGGGAUAUCUAUCGAAGCCAAUUAUAGUGACGUCACAAUCUUGAGAUGGCUUUUUUAAGUCAGUGCAGCAAUGAAAUAAAAUCAGAAGAAAUCAGCAAGUGAUCUGACAAACACCUAACGCAUCAGUAUAAAGAAACAGAUAUAAAGAUAAUAGCGGAAGAAUGGAGAUUAUAGAUCAAAGAUUGUUUUUUGCACUAAAGACGGAAGUACGCACUUCACCAGUUAGAUUUCCAAGAAAAGUGGUUGACUUGGACGAGCAUUACGUUAUAAAAUCAGGACCAAAAUUCACGCCUCCGUCUAUCAAAUCGAUUCUUAGACACUGCGCAGAAGUUCAACGGCGUUUAAAAGAGUUCGGUUCCAUUGUUUACGUGACCAAUGACAGGUGAGAAGAAAAGAUGUUUGAGCAAUAUCCAUUGUUACUAUGUUUGUUAUUGUUGGCUAUUAUUAUGCGAAAGUUGCUUAAAUCAAAUUAUCAUAUCUUUUUGACAAGUUAACUUAGAUACUACCAGCAUGUAACUCGUGAAAAAAUAUGUAACUAGAUUUGGAAAUAUGAAAUUAGAUAAAAAUCCUAGAGCAUACUUAACUACAGAAGGAAAUAGGAAUGAACUUUAAUAGACACCUCAUAUAAAACCCCUGUUAGCGAAGGGCUUUACUCGCUAACAAACUAAAAAAUGGCCAGGUUUGAUAUUUAAAUGUAGUUCCUAACUACCUUUAAAACCUAGCUUAUAAUGUAAAGAAUCUUUUCUGUUGCAGGGCAGAUGAGUACGCCUUAAGGAAAAGAACACAUUCCUGUCUCUUUAUGGGAGCUUACGCAGUUCUGUACUUGAACUGGUCAACAAGGUAUACUAUGGAAAAAAUGUCCUGUAUCUCUAACGAAGCUAUGAGUUGCUUCUGUGAUCAUAACGGUAGUUUAAGAUACAGACUGAGUGUUUCGGAUUGUUUGGAUGGUAUCAUUAUUGCUGUUCGAAAAAAUGGAUGGUUCACACUAGACGGAGUUGACCCGUUAAAGAAUGGCCUCAAUAUGAACUGGGUGAUUCCGAAUAAGAUUAUUGCAAUGAAAGAUCCAAAAGCAAAGCAGGACGAUGGAAAAAUGGCAGUCGACAAGCGAUAUAUGAAAGAACUACUGAAACAUGGAAUCGAUUAUUUGGUACGACUCAACAGCAAAGACUUUGAAAAUGAUGAAAAAUACGGAGAAGCGUAUCUCCCUGACGAUGUCUUUGCACAGGGCAUCGGAUUAUAUGAUUUUCCAAUCAAAGACGGGGGUAUACCUACACAAAAGCAGCUGAACUCCUUUUUGGAGAUAUGCUCUAUAGCUGAAACGCAAAUAGCCGUGCACUGUCACGCAGGGCUUGGACGUACGGGAACCAUGAUUGCUUGCUACCUGAUACGGGACUACGGCUUCACAUCGAGGCAAGCAGUUGCGUGGCUAAACAUGUGUAGACGAGGUUCAGUUAUGGGGCAGCAGCAUGAUUUCUUGGACAGAUUUUACAAAGAGAUUCAAGAAGAGAAGCUUAGGCACCCGGUGUGCGUAAACGUGAAGGACCCCGAAUUUGUUUGUUGCCAAAGCCAAGCACAUUCAGAAGAAGAUGAGAAUCGCAGCGAGAUAACCAAAUAUUUGAAUCUGGAUGAACCACAGAUAAAAAAGUGGAGACUUGAUACAUUAUAAGAGAAAAAGAAAUAUAGGGACUCAAGUUAUGUUAAGAUCAAACAACUUUAAACGACUGGGAAAACACAGAGUGCCCAAAGCUCAACCUACAAACUAAAAUCAAAACAGUUUUCACUUUGUCAAAUGGCACAAAACGUUCACUACUACUAAACAAAAAAAAAAUAUUUUUUAAAGCAUAAUGCAAAUAUCUGAAAUAUUUGUGAAUUAGAUUUAAUAGUAUUUGAAAGAUAAAAGAGGUAAUAUAUUGGAAUGUGAUGUAAUUCUAGAUACAUAAAAAAAGGAAAGUAAAGGAAUAGAUGUGUCUAUUUAUCAUUUCUACCUAGCCGAGGAACAAUUUUUCUAACGAAACUUAAGUUAAGAUUACACUCAACCUUGACUAAAAUGCUUGCAAUACAGUAGGGCCUUCGUAAAGAGAGAGGAAAAGAGAAUAAAUCUGACUACUAUAUUUGGAGGUGUCAGAUAAACAUGGAAAGAUAAAACAAGGAGGGCAGUUUAUAAAACCCAAAAAUUUAUGCCUUGAUCUGACAAUUUUCGUGAAGAAUGUAAGAGCAAAAAAUGCUAAGUACGUACCAUGCUGGAAUCUUCUCUGCUUAAGAUAAGAAAUGAAUGAUACCGCUCUUCACCGUUGCUUGACUGAGCAAAAUAAAUAAUAGAUAGGCAUGUUAAUAAAAAGCAAUCCAUAAUCUGUUUGUUGUUAGCUGGUUAAGCAAAUAAAUAAUUCCUAGCGCGCAAUAGAAAUAAAGGAUUACAAAUCUGCUUGCGCUCGAAAAUAUGAUUAAGCGGGGAAGAGAAGAUUUUAAAAGAGAAACAGAGCAAAAGAACAAAUUAAAACUGGAUAUUCGUAACAGAGAAAAAGAAGAUCUAACAACUUCUGGAUUCAACAAAACUAAAUUGAAUGUCAAAUUAAUGUAAGAUACUAAAUUAAUAUAAGAAAAAUAUUUCAAUACAGAGGAACGGAUUUACAAGGAAAAUAUAUAUGUAACUUUGAAUUUUCAUCGCUGAUUAAUGAAAUAUAAUUAUUCCUCUGUACAUUAUAAUAUUUUCACUCUUUCGGACAUACUUAAAGCUAUUUCAGAAAAGGACAUAAACGGAAGCUGAGCGAUAUAUAGAAAUGUGUACGAUAAAAAGUGAACAAAAAAUCACAGAUUUUUGGCAAAAACAGAAGCCUUGUUCUUUUUAUUAACUGAAAAUUUUUGACAAAGUUUUGUUUCUAAUUGAAUUAGCAGAGAAUGUUUUGUAAAAACUGUUUCCAGUAAAAUGAAGAGUAUGACAGUACCU